ACCCUCCCUUUCAAAUCCACGGUCCACAUACCACGCCUCUCAGAUCUCGCAAUCAAACACUUUAAAUUCCAUCCUUCCUCGCUACACGCCGUUUCUCUUUAUUGCCGUUUAUUUUUUAUUUCUUUUUUUCUUAUUCAGUUUCGUGUUUAGUUCUGUUGUGCUGUGUUGUGUUCAGUUCGUUGCAUGCAAAAACGACGAUGAAGACGCCAAAACGCCACUCGCCGCCGCCCAACGCGGUCCGACGAGUGGAACCCGAUUCCGUCGAGAUUAUCGCGGGGUUCAAGAAUUCUCGUCGGAGAAGGCUAAAAAUCCGGCGAAUGAAGUACACUUGUCAGACAAAGAUCCGCGUCGGGAAAGACGCCGACGGCGUUCCUCCGAUGGCGGCGGAGGACUCGGAGGGAGAGAGGAGAGAGAUUCACGAGCAUGUUGAGAUAUCGCUGUCGCUGGCGUCGUCGUCAUCGGAGGAGGAGGAGCGGUCGUCGUCGAAGCAAAAGGACGGCGCUCUGUCGCACGGGUCGGUGUCGUUGAUAGGGAGCAGGAAGGAGAUGGAGGACGCGGUGAGCGUGGAGAUAGGGUUUGUGGCGAAGGAGAGAGGGAAGUGCGACUUCUUCGCGGUGUACGACGGCCACGGCGGAGCUCAGGUGGCGGAGGCGUGCCGGGAGCGGUUGCACCGGCUGGUGGCGGAGGAGGUGGAGAGGAGUGGGAGUCAUAUGGAAUUGGACUGGGACGGAGUUAUGCAAGGGUGUUUUCGUAAAAUGGACACCGAGGUCGCAGGAAAUGCGGCGGUUAGGACGGUGGGUUCCACGGCGCUUGUCGCCGUCGUCGCAGAGGCGCAGAUUGUCGUCGCUAAUUGCGGUGAUUGCAGGGCCGUGAUGGGAAGAGGAGGCGAGGCCGUGGACUUGUCUACUGAUCAUAAGCCCGACAGACCCGAUGAGUUGAUGCGAAUCGAAGAGGCUGGUGGAAGGGUCAUUAACUGGAAUGGCCAGCGCGUGCUUGGUGUUCUUGCCACCUCGCGAUCCAUAGGCGAUCAGUACCUUAGACCUUAUGUAAUAUCAAAACCAGAAGUGACAAUGACCAAACGUAGCAGCAAGGAUGAGUUUCUCAUACUAGCAAGUGAUGGGUUGUGGGAUGUGAUGUCCAGUGAAGUUGCGUGCCAAGUUGUGAGGAAAUGCCUCAACGGGCAGAUUAGGAGAGUGUGCAAUGGAGUUGAGAAUCAUCAGAGUCGUUCUGCCGAGGCUGCAGGCCUCUUGGCUGAGAUAGCAUUGGCAAAGGGAAGCAGAGAUAACAUCAGUGUCAUUGUUGUUGAGUUAAGAGGAACAGUAACAUCUGAUUGAGGCCUCAUUUACAGCCUCAACAUGUUUUUUUUUUUCUUCCUUUUUCAUUUCCUGCCUUGCUGCUUUUGGACUAAUAUCAACACAGGUUAUGCGUCCUCAAUGCUACGAGAGAUUAUUAUCUACUAAAACAAUAAUGAGUAGAUGCUUCCCCACAUUACUGUUUUAA